CCCUUUAUCUCUUCUUUGGUUAUAAUAAUACUUCAAAAACUCUUCUCUUUUCUUUAUUGCUUUGUAUGUUGAGUUGCUCUCAUCACUCAUAACAAAGAAAGAAACUUCCCCACAACCCACCCACCCUUUCAAAUCUCCAUGGACACCAAAACUUCCCAAACCCGAACAAGAAGAAGUCCUUGCAGUUCACCCGAAUUCGAGUUUUGGAUGGUACGAAACCCCUCUUUCCCGCAACCCAACAUUCUCUCCGCCGAUGAACUAUUCGUCGAUGGUGUCCUCCUUCCCCUCCACCUCCUAAACAACCCCCAACCACCACCGCCACAAAACCGGGACCCGGAACCACCACCGGACCCUGACCCUGAACCCGAGCCAUCCCCAGCCAUAACCGACUCUGCCGCCGCCGCCACCACGUUCUCUUCGUCGAAGCGGUGGAUGGACAUUUUUCGGAAGAGCGACAAGAAAACCGCAGAAAACAACAAUGCGGAAGAGAGCGAGAAGGACAAAGAGAAAGCUAAGAAGAAAGAGAAAAAAAGUGGAAGCGGUGGUGUUUCCACUUCAACAGAGCUGAACAUCAAUAUAUGGCCAUUCUCGCGGAGUAGAUCCGCCGGGAAUACGGGUACCCGACCCAAACUGUUCCCCGGAGCUCCGGCAACACGGAAAGUGAACAGCGCGCCGUGUUCUCGGAGCAAUUCCGGCGGAGAGUCAAAGUCUAGGAAGUGGCCCAGUAGUCCGGGCCGGGCCGGAGUCCAUUUAGGAAGAAGCAGCCCAGUUUGGCAGGUUCGCCGGGCCAAGAACCCAGAAGCAGUGGCUCAGAGAGAAAGCAGCACGAGUCGAAGGAGCAAGGUGGCAUCCUCCGGGGCGAAAGGGAAGGUUUUGAAUUUGAAUGUUCCAACGUGCAUUAGUUACAAACAUCAUUUGAGCUGCAGAAGCGACCAAAACACUGCCAUUCCCAUUCGUGUCAGUGACAGUUCUGAUAUUCGUGCUCGUGCCAAUGCUAAUGCCAAUGGCAGUGUGGGGGGUAAGCUUUUUAAUCUGCGCAACCUCUUCACCAAGAAAAGCGUCGUAACCUCUCACUAGUCACUUCUGUAAUUCUCCCUUUUUAACUGCUCAAUUCUGCACCACCAUACCAUAUAGUAUAUAUACUUAUAUCAUUAUUUAUUUACUGCUAGUUUACUUUUUGUUCUUUUGCAGUUUCUUUUUUUAUUUACCUUGUAAAGAAUGGUACAAGUCUAUCUUUUCAAACAGUGCUUGUAUGUAACCGAAAAAGGUACCUGUAUCUGACUUAGGAUUCUAAACUAGAUUGAUCAAUGGGAUAGCUUGACGAAAUGCGAUCGUUUUGUUAGCUCUUCCUUCCUUGUGUAGCCUGAAAUGCUUUAUCACAGAUCAGAAUGUAUGUAUUAUUAA